CAGUUUCUUUCUAAAUGUUAGCUUAAAAUUCUGUAUUUCUUUGUGGAACAUGACCAUCAGUCACUUUUCAAUUGAAUACGAUGCCAUCAAUCAUCAGAACACCUUCACAAAUGGAGAUACCAUCAAAGGAAGAAUCAUUGUGGUGGCGUCAAAGGAAACUAAAAUCCAAACACUGACUUUGAUUGCAAAAGGAAAAGGAGAGGCCCAUUCUUCUGAUGAAGACAGCACCUUCAGUGUUAAUGAGAAAUAUUACACCAUUAGACAGGAGAUCUUGGGAGAAGCAAGACAAGAUGCAGGCUUCCAUGAAGCCAGAGUGGGAUCAAUUGCUCAAGGAAGAAACGUAUUUCCGUUUUCCUUCAAGAUUCCCGACAGAGAUAUGCCGUCAUCGAUCAAAUCCAGUUUAUGUAGAAUUGUUCAUAAGCUGAAGGCAGAGCUUAAGCAAUCAAUGAAGUUGCCGAAAAAAGCUGACACAUACUUCACAUUUGUCUCCAAACCAGCUGUGGCCAUACCCGGCCUUAUGACACCUCAACAUGGUUGCAAGCAGACUAGUAUCAACCUUGGCUCAGGAACAGUUUCCAUGGACGUCCACACUGACAAAAUGGGAUACAAGCAAGGAGAGGCUCUCCAUAUCCGAAUUGAAAUUCUCAAUCAGUCAACUCGUUUAGUGACACCAACAGUGAUGUUCUUUCGGAAGGAGACGUCCUUUGGAAAUGGUUACCAAAGUAUAGCUGAAAAAAAGCUCCUUCAAAUGGAGGCCCAGCCUGUGGCCUCUGGUAGGACAGAGACCGUCAUCAAGAGGAUCCCUAUCCCCAGAAGACUACCACCGUCCGUGCUGAACUGCUGCAUGUUCACGUUGGAGUACAAGCUCAAGGUCUAUCUGGAUAUUAAAUACAAAAUAGACCAGGGGGUCAUAAUUCCAAUAGUUGUCCUACCUGGCAUUCAAGAACAACCAACUCCUGCAGCAUGUGAAGGCGAAGCAUCAGGCAACCCCUACCGCCCAACCCGGAGCAGUACACCUCAAUCUUUGGAGCCCCCACCAUCCUAUGAAGCUUUGUACCCAUCCAAAUAAUGGUUCUGCAAUGUAAGUGGACUGUAAAGGGGAAAAAAAAACAAUAAAAACCUUUGACUAUG